AUGGUCCGGUUACUACCUUCGCUCUCUAUAUUCUCGCUCGCUGCGGUGGGCACUGCCUUACCACAAGGACCAGUGAACUUCCCUCGCGAUCCAGACGCUACCUUCCCUCCCACACAUGGAACGGAGCUCCGUAUCCAUGACCCUACCAUCAUCAAGGUUGGCCCGACGUACUACUCGUACGGUGUGGGAGAGCACAUGGUGAUCCACGAGGCACCUUCCAUGGACGGCCCCUGGCAACAGACCGGCCAUGUUCUCGACGCCGAAAGUGUGAUCCCCAAGGGCGAUCGCAAGGCCCCCUGGGCCCCUACAACCAUCCAGCUCGGCGACACUUUCUACAUCUACUACUGUGUCAGUGUUUCCGGCUGCCGUGACAGCGCCAUUGGUGUGGCCACCUCCAAGACCCCGGGUCCUGGUGACUGGACCGACCACGGUGCAAUCUUCGAAUCUGGUUCAGGACCAGGAUCCGACCAGACUCCUUUCAACAGUUCGAACGCGAUCGACCCUGCAGUUUUGGUUGAGAGCGACGGAAAGGGAUAUGUCAGCUUUGGCAGCUACUGGUCGGGCAUCUGGCAGGUCCCCUUGGGCGAGGACCUGAUCUCCCCUGGUGAUGUCUCCCAGGCAAACCACCUGGCCUACGCCCCCAAGGCGAUGUUCCCUGGCAGCACCAACCCAGAGCACCCUGAGUGUGCUGACCCCAGCGGCGGUCGUCCCGUCGAGGGAAGCUUCAUCUCCUACCAUGCACCAUGGUACUACCUGUGGUUCAGCUAUGGCCAGUGCUGCGGCUUUGACCUCAACAACCUUCCUCCCCCUGGUGAUGAAUACCACAUCCGUGUCGGACGGUCGGUCAGCCCCCACGGUCCCUUCGUGGACAAGGAUGGCGUCGACUUGGUUGACGGCGGUGGUACCACCGUCUACGGCUCCAACCGCGAUGUCUACGCCCCCGGUGGAAACGGUGUCUUGGUCGAUGAAGAUGGCGACAAGCUCUUCUAUCACUACCAGAACAAGACCGUCAGCAUCACUGACUUCUGGGAUGCCCGAAUGGGCUGGAACAAGCUGGAAUACCCCGGCGGAUGGCCCGUUGCAGUGUAA